UGCUCGCGGAACCUAUCGGAUAAUCCUCGCUUCCACUCACGGAAAACUGGUGAUUGAUGCUUUGAUUGAAUGUGUAACGUUUCGCUGUUCUAUGAAAGUAUGCAGAAAAUUCGUUUCCUCUACAUACUUUUCUAUGCUUUUUUACCUUUCCAAGAUGCCAAAGUUUUACCAAAGGACAAGAAUAAGAUUCAGCUUGACGGGGAUUUAAUUUUUGGUGGACUGUUUCCCAUGCAUGAAAAAGGCAAAAGUGGUAAAAGUUGUGGAACGAUCAAAAAGGAAAAGGGGAUACAGAGACUGGAGGCCAUGCUGUUUGCAGUAGACAGAAUUAACGCGGACGACUCGCUGCUACCCGGUGUGAGUCUAGGGGUACAUAUUCUGGACACGUGCAGCUCUGAUACGUACGCCCUGGAGCAGUGCAUGGACUUCAUCAAGGCUCGGCUGACCAGCUUUGACAUGAGCGACUACAAGUGUGAGAACGGGAGGAACCUGGUCUACGCCCCCGUGAAGCCUGUAGUAGGGGUGAUAGGAGCCGCCGCUAGCACUGUGUCCAUUAUGGUGGCCAAUAUCCUCCGGCUGUUUCAAAUUCCCCAAAUAAGCUACGCCUCGACAAGCAUAGAUCUAAGCGACAAAUCGAGGUUCGAGUAUUUCUCCCGAGUAGUGCCCCCUGACACAUUUCAAGCUCAGGCAAUGGUGGACAUUGCUAAGGCCUUUGGUUGGAAUUACGUCAGCACACUUGCAGAUGAAGGGGACUACGGGGUGAAAGGGAUCGGGGCCUUCAGGGAGAGGUCUACUGACGCAGGAAUAUGCGUCGCCCAAUCCUUGACCAUUCUCCGCGAUGAUGCAGAUUCUAGAAUUGAGCAGUUAGUUUUAGAAUUGUUGAAGAAUGAACGAGCCAAAGUAGUAGUGAUGUUUGCAAAUGAAGACAACGCCAAAAGGGUUUUGAAAGCACUUCUUAAAGUCAACACUACCUCAGAGUUCACGUUUCUGGCUAGUGAUAGCUGGGGCGCUAAGAUACAUCCGGUGAAAGGCCAAGAGACGGCGGCAGAGGGCGCUGUUACGUUACUUCCGAAACGACAUGUCAUAAAAGAGUUUGACGAGUACUUCACCAAUCUUACCGUGGACAACAACAGGAACCCCUGGUUUUCGGAAUUCUGGCAAGAGACAUUUAACUGUUCACUGACCAACAAGUCACGGACCAAACAAUGCUCAGGAAAUGAGUUCAUCGGGAUGAAAGGCGCCGCCUACAAUCAGGAAGGCCUGGUUCAAUUCGUCAUUGAUUCUGUGUAUGCUUUGGCGCAUGCGUUACACAACCUACUGGCCGAGGAGUGCACAAUUCCUUUCUCAAAUUGCACAACAAAUGCCAUUAGAUCCGGAGAGGAGGUUUUGAAAUACAUCCGAAAUGUGUCUUUUCAAGGCGUAGGAGGUGAUUUGGUAGGCUUUAAUGAGGAAGGCGACAGUUUUGGAAAGUACGACAUUUUCCAAUAUCAGCAGAUUUCAAAAGGAGUUUAUAAAUAUGUCCACAUUGGCGACUGGAUUGACAGAUUACGCUUAAAAAACUCGAGAAUCAAAUGGAAGAAGGAAAAUGCCCCUUAUUCCGUUUGCAGCGAGGCGUGUCCUUCGGGCUUUGCAAGGCUGGAAAAGGGGUUAAAAUGUUGCUGGGGAUGUUUCCAAUGUGCAUUCAAUCAGUAUUUAGCAGACGAAUAUACUUGUAAAGACUGUCCAGAGGGAUCAAAACCUUCUCGGAACCAGUCGAUAUGUAGCCCUCUUCCUGUGCUCUCCUUGGAAUGGAGGAGCUUUUGGAUGUUGCUUCCGGUUGCAUUCACCAGUAUAGGAGCAGUGUUAACUAUACUAGUGAUAGCUGUAUUCAUACGCUAUAAUGAAACACCUGUCAUCAUGGCUUCAGGAAGAGAAUUGUGCUAUGUGCUUCUGAUUGGGAUCCUAAUGGCUUACGGGACCUCUGUUAUGAUGCUUGUUCGUCCAACUGUAAUUUUGUGCACGCUUAGGCGACUUGGGCUCGGGGUAUCUCUGUGCUUGAUUUACGCGGCGAUGCUGACAAAAACCAACAGAAUCUAUAGAAUAUUCAACAAUGGGAUCAAAGCAAUGGUCAAAAGACCCAGCUACACAAGUCCGCGGUCGCAGAUAGUGAUAUGUUUUGGCAUCGUUUCUGUUCAAAUCGUAGGAGGAAUCACGUGGCUCGGGUUUGAGAAGCCUGACACAAUGUUUGUGCUCCAAAACCAGGAGUACUUAGUGUUGAAGUGCAGGGCCAGCCAGACUGCUAUCAUUGUGUCGCUUACCUAUAAUAUAGUGCUGAUAAUAAUAUGUACUGUGUACGGAGUCAAAACAAGGAAAAUACCUCAAAACUUCAACGAAGCCAAAUGCAUAGCGUUCACCAUGUACAGUACCUGUAUAGUUUGGCUCGCCUUCAUUCCUAUUUAUUUUGGAGCAAGUGGUGGCGAUUUCAAGAUUGAAGUUACCUCUCUUUGUAUGUGUGUUAGCAUCAGCGCCACUGUCGCCCUGGUUUGUAUAUUUGCUCCAAAGGUAUACAUUGUGUUGCUUCAACCUCAUAAAAACAUCAGACAGGGUGCAUCUACAUCUCUGAAAAACAAUCACCCAACCCUCUCCCGCAUUAUAUCGGAACAGGCGGAGUCUCUAGGGACAUUUCCUUUUCAAAACGGAGGAGUGUACACCCAUCCAAAUCAGACCACGCAGACAACGCAUACAACAAUCAAUGACGUAUUUGGUGAUGACGUCGACCUCGACGACCUUUCUAGUGAUGAUGCAACAGGAGAUGACAAAUCCAGGACGAAAUUGAAUCCACCAAUGGAAGCAGAUAUUUGAGAGCAUAGUAGCUUUUUGUAUUGUCCUGUUUCCCGCAUGGUUUAUCAACUGUUGAACAUUCCAAAAUGUUAUCAGACUUCUAAACACACAUUGUGACCCAUAUUCAUUUGAUUCAGUUAUUAUCUCGUGUCAUUGUAUAGUAUUUAUAAUAACAUUUUAGUAUUUAUUCAAGUUUGCUUUGGUGCUGUGAAUUGUCCUUGCCAUUGUGUACAGACUUUGUUUAAAGAUCCGUAUGUACUAGUGAAUGUUGAUUGUAAUGCACAUUCCUCUAUAUAUAUAAUCAUGCGUUGUUAAAGCAUAAUAGAUAUAAUUAUUUAUUAUGAUUUGGUGUUUUGAAGUUCCUAUAAAAAUUUCUUAAACUUCAA